ACGCAUUCGGAGCCGAUCCCUCUCUCGCCCCCUCCAUUUUGCUCCCUAAAUUUGGACGUUGCAGUGACUCUUUCUCGUGGCACCGAGCGGUACCCGACUCCCAUUCCGAUCUGCUCCUCCGUCCCCUGAGCUUUGCAGAUUAAAAGAGUAGUGAUGUUUCAGCAGUCAAGCAGUCGAAACUCGCAAAAUAGAGGGUCUAAACUCAAGCGACUACUUCAGAUGACCUUGCUUUUGUCUGUUGUUGUGUGGUUGGUCAACCAUAUCAACAAGAAUGAAUAUGCUGGAGGUGAUCAGAUCAAUCUUUACCAGGAAGAUGAUGUAGAUUUUGGUCGGAAAGGGAAAGCAGGGUCUGAGAAUGUGAUCAUCAUAGAAGACCAGGGAACCAACUUUGAUGAAACUCCUGAAACAAGUGAAGCUGGAGAUCAGGCUGAUUCUUCUGACCAGCACACUGAAGACAAGAAUAAUGAAUCCUCUAAUAAAGAACAAGGUAAAUCUGUAGAAGUUAUCUCAAAUAUGAGCCAAACAGAAACCCAAGAAGAGCGGCUCGGCGAUAAGGAUGAAAAUAUUGAUUCGAUUACCAAUAGCAGAGACUCAGCAGUAAGCACUGACAUGAGUGCUGACAAAGAGGACAUGUUACAGCUUCCUAGUGAAAGGAGCAGCAAAAAUGUAUUGGAUCAAAAUGAUGGGGAAAAUAUAGAACAGAUCCCCGUUCAACAGAAUAAGCCAGCUACACAGGAUCAAGCAAAACAUGAUACUGGAGAAGCAAUAACUUCUGAUGAAGAGAGGACUUUGAACUCCAAGAAUGAAUUAAAAGGUGGUGAAAUAACCGAUGAAGUUGAAAAAGAAGCAACUGAAUCCCGUGGAGGGGUUAAAUUAGAGUCUGAAAGUAGCAGCAAAAAUAGCUUUGAAGUCGAAAAUGAAGCAAUUGAUUUGGAUGGAGGGGUUAAAUCCGAGACCGAAGGUAGCGGCGGCAAUAGUUUAGAAGAUACCACAAACACUGCAAAUUCAGAUGACGGCAGCCUAUCCCUCUCCAAAGAAGAAAAUGGGAUUUCGACUGAUGAUGUUUCUACUGAAAAGAACGCAUUCGAUUCUCAAGGAGAUAUUAGUUCUGAUGCUGAGACUUCCGGGCACCAUAGCCUGGAUACUGUAAGCUCUGAUGAAAAUACCGAGGGUGAAGCUGUCAAUCUACCCAGUUCCACGGAAGAAAAAGAGCCGAUGAUGCCAACCAAUAGCGAAGUUCCUAAAGGGGAAGCAGUUGAAUAUAAAGACGACAGUAAUUUGAAAUCUGAAGCAACUGGCGACAGUCCUUUGGUUGAGGAAACUAAUACAGAGUCAGAUGACAAGCUCACGGUGACAUCUGUAGUCGAUGACACAAAGGAUGUAGAAUUGCCAAAUAUUAAUGAGGCUUUGGAGAGGGAUGCAGUUGAAUCCUCCGGUGAUGAUGCUUCUGAUGCUGGCAGUAACAAUGCCAAAGAAGAAAAGAUGGAUUCAAGAUCUAGUGAGGAUGCACCAGAAUCAAAAGGAGAUGGCGCAUCCGACGCCCAAGAUACUGGCAGAAAUGAUGCCGAAGAAGAAAAGACGGAAUCAUGGUCUAAUGAGGAUGCACUAGAACCAAAAGGAGAUGACACAUCUGAGGUUCAAGUUGCUGGCAACAAAUCUAGUUUAGGAACGAGCUCUGAAACUAAGCCCACCGAAGAAGCCGAAAAUUCAUCUCACAACAUUGAAGGCAAUUCAGAAAUUCCCACAGAUGAGAUUGUAAAUGUAGCGGCAGCAGAAUCUCAAGGAAAUGAUUCCUCCAAGGGAGAAGAAAACACUAGCAACACUGUCUUUGAAGACACAACUGAAACAAAUCCCAAGGAAGAAACUACCUCUGGUUUGGGUAACGAGAACACAGAUUCAGAAAAGGAAGGUGGUAAAGAGUCGGAAUAAUCUUUCUCUGUGGUGGUUCCUCCAAAAGAUCUUGUUGAUCCUACGGGGUGCUCACUUACAUAUGUGAGCCGGGUGGAAAACAAGGUUAGUUAGAAAGCUAGGUAUAUUAGUUGAGAUAUGUGUGUCUGAAUCUGGCACUCUUUUGCUGCAGCUCCAGCAGCCAUUUGAGUGUGUUGCAUUUUCUCUUUCCCUCGCCUGUGCGGACACUUUCUUUUCAGCUACAUUCUUUCAUUGUUCAUAGUUAGUAAAAGGCCUCUAAAGAGGCACUGUUCCCACCUAAGAAAA